CGAUACGCCGCUCUGCAGAUCGUCCCCGAUGGACUGACGCCGCGAUACUUUGUCGAUAAGUCGCAUCCGCUGUUCAAGCGCGAGGGAUCAUGCGGCGACAACGCCCACAGCUGCCUUGACAUUGGUCACGGCGACCGCUGCUGCAACAACAACAGCUACUGCUACGUAAACACCUCCGACGAGCCCAAGUGCUGCGCAAUCGGCCAGGCCUGCACCUCAGACAACCCUUGCCCGGCCACCGCCGUCCGCUGCUCCGUCACUCGCACAGUCACAAUCACAUCCACCUCAUCCGCCACCACCAGAACGACAUCCAGAGCGCCCGUCAUCACACGGACAACCACCACCGUCCUCACCGGCUGCUGCGGCCGCGCCUGUCCCCAGACGAGCUUCUACCUCUGCGCCUCGUCUCUCGGCGGCAACUGCUGCCCCUUCGACUCCAAUUGCCAGGCCGGCGGGCACUGCGUCUCGACGAAGACGAGCCCGCCUCCCGGUCUCACUCCCGUUGCUGACGGAUGUACUACUGGUCAGUUCCGGUGCUCUGACGGCAACGGCUGCUGCAACAACGGCCAGGCAUGUACUUCGUUCGCCGGAUCGGCCUACUGCUCCACCGCAACCGGAGGCCCGACCAGCACCCUCGAGGCCGGCGGUGAUGACUCCAACUCCGGGUCCUCAUCGUCCGGCGGUCUCUCUCCCGGAGCGGAAGCGGGUAUCGCCGUCGGCGCAGUGGUAGGCGGCGGUCUCAUCGUCGCGGCAGCCGUGUGGUUCUAUCUCACAAAGCGGAGAAAUGCUGCAGAGCGUCGUCGCGUAUACAACGACGCCUCCCUACAAUCCGGAGGCGCAAACGGU